UGUUGGACCUGUUAUGCCCGGGAGAUAUGCCAGUUUUUUUAGGAUUGCGCACUUGUCUUAUUAUCUUCGGAUGAGUGGAGCUUCUUCCACAGGAUUCCUACAUUACUGACACAGUCUUUCAAGUGGACAGGGGAUCAUCAGCAGUACUGAUCACCCUAAAACACCACUAUGUCUGCCCUUGAUCCAUAUAAUUACGUAAUUGUAGAGCAACAGUACUCCAACAAAUUAAAAGUGAAAGUUAUACAAGCCGAAAAUGUUACUAAAGGUGCUCUGGGUGACUUAUUGGACACCCCAGAUCCCUACGUAGAGCUUUUCAUUCCCACUGCUCCUGAGAGCAGGAAAAGAACCAAACAUUUUGAUAAUGAUAUCAACCCUGUGUGGAAUGAGAGCUUUGAGUUCAUAUUGGACCCAAAUCAGGACAACAUUCUGGAGAUAACGUUAAUGGAUGCUAAUUAUGUGAUGGAUGAGACUCUGGGUACAGCAUCAUAUCAUAUUUCAAACCUCAAAAUGGGACAAACCAAUCUGGUUCCAUUUCUCAUUGGAAAAACAACCAAAGUGUUCUUAGAGAUGAGUCUGGAAGUUUGUUCUACAACGGACCUGCGCUUUAGCAUUACUCUAUGUGAUAAGGAGAAGCUCUACAGGCAGCAGCGGCGAGAUAGGGUUAUGCUGGGCAUUAAAAAGCUGCUGCACAUGGAAAAGCCUCGCUUCCUGCCCUCUGCGCCACAGGAGGUUCCUGUCAUAGCUGUUUUAGGAUCAGGUGGUGGGUUCAGGGCAAUGAUUGGCUUCUCAGGGGUCAUGAAGGCUCUGUAUGAGUCAGGAGUUCUAGACUGCACCACAUACGUCACUGGCCUUUCUGGAUCAACCUGGUACAUGUCCACUUUGUACUCUCACUCAGAGUUUCCCAAGGUAGGUCCAGAACAGAUUAAUCAGGAGCUGAUGAAGAGUGUGAGCAGCAACCCUCUCCGUCUGCUUCUGCCCCAACAUAUCACCAACUACGUUCAGGCUCUUUGGACCAAAAAGGCUAGUGGGCAGCCUGUCACCUUUACUGAUAUUUUCGGGAUGCUCAUCGGAGAGACGCUCAUUCCUGCUAGAAUGGACACUAAACUGAGUGAUAUGCAGGAGAAAAUUAAUGAGGCUCAGUCUCCUUUUCCUUUGUUCACCUGCCUGCAUGUUAAACCAGAUGUUUCUGAGCUGAUGUUUGCUGACUGGGUGGAGUUCAGCCCCUAUGAGAUAGGCAUGGCUAAAUAUGGUACAUUUAUGACCCCUGACCUCUUUGGCUCGAAGUUCUUCAUGGGAACUGUAAUUAAGAAGUAUGAGGAAAACCCUUUGCACUUCUUGAUGGGGGUCUGGGGUAGUGCCUUCUCUAUUCUCAUUAACAGAGUCCUGGGAAUAAAGGAUUCACCUGGGGGAUGCACCAUGGAGGAAGAGCUGGAGCACAUCAAGCCACAGCACAUUGUGGGAGAGGACAGCCUAGACAACGAUGAAGAGCCACGCAAAGCUGGAACGCAGGAUGACCAACAAACAAAGGCCCAAGAAAGCUGGAUGCAGCGCAUGGUCACCUCCCUCUUUAGCGACUCAGUCCUGCUUAACACUCGUGAAGGAAGAGCUGGAAAAGUACACAACUUCAUGCUGGGCCUCAACCUGAAUGCUAACAUCCCUUUUUCGCCCUUUAGCGAGGUCCUGAACUCAUGUAAUCCUGAGGAGGAGGAACACAUUGUUGCAGACCCAGACGAGUUUGACCGCAUCUACGAGCCACUAGACGUGAAAAGCAAGAAGAUCCAUAUUGUGGACAGUGGUCUGACCUUUAACCUGCCCUAUCCUUUGAUCUUGAGACCUCAAAGGGGCAUCGACCUCAUUAUAUCCUUUGACUUCUCUGCUCGACCCAGUGACUCCAGUCCACCAUUCAAGGAACUUUUGUUGGCUGAGAAAUGGGCACACAUGCACAAGCUUCCAUUUCCCAAAAUUGAUCCGAAAGUGUUCGACCGUGAAGGGAUGAAAGAGUGCUACAUCUUUAAGCCCAGAAAGGGUGACAGGAAUUGCCCCACUGUUAUCCAUUUUGUUCUGGUUAAUAUAGACUUCAGGAAGUUUAAAGCUCCAGGAGUUCCUCGAGAGACUGAAGAAGAAAAGGAGUUUGCUGACUUUGACAUCUUUGAUGAUCCUGAAUCACCAUAUUCCACCUUUAACUUCCAAUAUACUAACAAGGCCUUUACUCGACUACAUGAUCUCAUGGAGUUUAACACUCUUAACAACAUAGAGGUGAUCAAAGAGGCCAUUAAGGACAGUGUUGUUUACAGGAAGGAGAAUCCAUCUCGCUGUUCUGUGUCUCUCUCACUGAGUGAGAUCCAGAACAAGAAGUUCUUAAAGAGGGAUACCAGAGGACAAUCACUUAAAUGAAUGGAUGUAAGAUGCUGGCUUGUUUGGUUUAACAGGACAAGUUGUUUUCAGAGAAACACCAUCUUUAAAAAACAGGAGAAUUACAACUUGUGCUUGAACAUUGAGUAUAAUAUUUUAAAAAAAACGUUCAUAAGACUGGAUUAACAUCCCUUCAAAGUGCCUGGAAUUUUCAACAACAACGUACCCAUGUUUACAUGUGCCACCCAGCUUUGCAUAUUUUGCUCUUGAUGUGAUCUUAGCCAGACUUCAUAUUA